AUGCUUUAUCAAUUAUUAGUUGGCGUGUUUUUGGUGGUGAAGGUGAUUUCAAUUUCGCUCUCGGUUCCAAAUCAAAAUUUUUUGCAAUUGCGAAACCUGAAAGAUGUUCCAACCAAAUAUGACGUGGUUAAAGGACUCUUUGUACAAACUGAUGACGAUACAGAUGCUCUGAAGUUCGAUAUUAAUGAGGAUAAUUUUGGGUUGAAAAAGGAUAAGUCUUGGGAUGACGUUUUAGAUAAAUUGAAGGAUUUGAACGAUAAUGAUGAUGGUGAAGUUUACAAGUUGUUCUUCUUAGCUAGACACGGUGAAGGCUACCAUAAUAUUGCAGGAGAUGGAUAUCCAGAAAAGAACUGGACUUGCUAUUGGUCAAUCCAGGAUGGAAAUUCAACAAUGGAAUGGUAUGAUGCUUUGUUGACGGAUAAUGGACAUGAUCAGAUCAAUACACUUUCAGACAGCUGGAAAAGUCAGCUUUACACUAACAAUGCACCAUUACCCCAAUCUUACUAUGUUUCUCCUAUGAGAAGAUGCUUACAGACGUACAAUCAUACUUGGUCGUCGAUUUUGAAUGAUACCCAGGUUCCGCUUAUCAAGGAAUUAGCGAGAGAGACGUAUGGGAUCGACUCGCAGAGUAGACGUCAUAAUAAGACGUAUAUCGAAAAUUUUGUUCCUUCUUAUAAGUUUGAAGAUGGGUUUACUCAGCAAGAUGAGCUUUGGGAAGCCGAUAAAAAUGAGUCCAGUGAACAUAGGGAUUACAGGGCAACAGCAUUAUUCAAUGAUAUAUUCUCGAGCGACUCCAGUGAUGUUAUUUCCAUCACAUCUCACUCGGGAACUGUAUCUUCAAUGUUGAAGGUAUUAAACCAUAGAAAAUUUUCUUUGAAGACAGGCCAGAUGAUACCUGUGCUUGUCAAGGCCAGCGACUUCGGUACAUAUACCCCACCUGACUUGAGUGACAAGGAUUGGGCUACAUUACCGAAGGAAUGUGAUUCGUUUUCUGAAUUUUAA